CAGCUAUUCUGUAGCUCACACAUCGAUUACACAAAAACAUGAUAAACACCGAGUAAUUGUCUGAGCGAGGCAACGGUACCCGACGCUGCCAUGAUUCCCGAUGGCGCAUUUACAGCCCGCAAAACGAGGUCGCUGUGAGAAAACACUAGAGAGAGAGAGCGGGUCAGUCACUUUUUACUAUUAAAAGCGAGAAAGCCAUGCACUUCCUGUCUGACAUAAACCAUUCUCUAGACAUUAGACUUUCUUUCUCUUCUCCCUUUCUCUGUCUAUCUCUCUUUUUUCUUUUCCUCCAUUCAUCGCGGCUGUACCCUGACAUUGAUUCGCGGUUGGUACAUCUACAUGGAAUGCUGGUGGCUGAGCGGUCACCGUGCCCUGCCAGCUGCUAUUCUUCCGGUGGCGCCUGAAACUUUGCCAGUGGACCGCCGCUUGGGCGAGAGCUGACGUCAAGUCGAGACUUUGCCGCCGAGUGCUGACGAGGACAGAAAGAUCUCCACCUUCUCCACAAAAAACCAAGGGACAGGCUCGCAGGACAAGAUGUCCUUCCGAAUGUGUUGGCAUAUCAUUAGGGCAAGGGGACCUCCCCUUCGUGGUUCUAGACUAUUUUUAGCAAGGGAGGACACCCAUCAGCCCGUGCGUGGAGCGGCUUCGCGAAGCCAGUGACGCAGCCAGCGACCACCAGCAUCUUCUGCCCCAGCGGAGUAUGCAGUAGUCAUCCUUGGAAGCGCCCAAACCAACCAAAAGUGCCUGCACGUGGCCCUCCCCCCGGCAAGCCAUGGGGGAAUGGGGGUAGGAUGGCCCGCCGCUGGUCCCCCUACGUGGUGGAGGAGGACUUCAACAUGCUGGUCACGCAGUCCAACCUGUGUGCUGACAAAUGGAAGCCGCUUUUUGAUCAGUACGAUCCGUACCGGCGGGGUGAGAUCCUGAUCGAGGACUUCGCAUACCUGCUGCAGCAUCCUCAGAUCCGCGCUGAGAUGGACUCCACACGCUCAACGUUCUGGAGGUCAAGGCUGCCGAGCCUUGUCGCACCACCGUCAGCUACCAGGAGUUCAUCAACCUUGCUCAGCAACCGCCGCAACCCCAGCUUUCGACUGGCCGUGGAGGCCAGGACUGAAGGUGAGGUGUGGCCGAGCAGCGUGUGUCUGAGGGCCGACAGUCCUCCACACACUUGCUUCCAGAAGAUGGUCCGGCGUCUGGCGCGCGACUUCCUCACAGACGAGGGUGACCGGCGCUUCUACGCCGACCGCUACACCUGCUGCCCGCCGCCCAUCUUUGUGCCCAUCAUCACCUUGCUGGAGGUGGGAUGUUUUGUCUACUACUGUAUGGAGUCCCGCAUGAUCACCCUGAACGGUCCGGUGCCUGCUCACAGCAUCUUCAUCUACCGCCCUGACCGCCGCGUAGAGUUGUGGCGCUUUGUCCUGUACAUUCUACUGCAUGCUGGAUACGUCCACCUGCUGUUCAACGUGAUUGUGCAGGUUGUGGUGGGCAUCCCGCUGGAGAUGGUUCACGGCAGCUUCCGAGUUUUCAUCAUCUACAUGGCCGGUGUGCUAGCAGGGUCUUUAGGGACAUCCGUGUUCGACAUGAACGCCUUCCUGGUGGGGGCAUCUGGAGGGGUUUAUGCACUUUUAGCUGCCCACCUGGCUAAUAUAUUACUGAACUAUUCACAAAUGGAACUAGGCAUCCUGAAACUGGCAGCUGUACUUAUUAUUGCAAGUGCUGAUGUCGGCUUUGCAAUCUGGGAUCGCUACACCUACAAGGAGCUGGACCCACCUGUCGGGUACACGGCCCACCUGAUGGGGGCGCUGCUGGGACUGACUGUGGGCUUAGUGGUCCUCAAGAACUUUGAACAGAAGCUUCACGAACAGUACGUCUGGUGGAUAGCACUCGCUGUGUACUUAGGUUGUGUCGUUUUCGCCAUCUUUUGGAACAUCUUCUACUACUGAGAACCACGUGGAACUUUCUGCUUGAAUAAAGGCAUUUUCAGAAAGAGUAAAAGGACGGCACGCGUAUAGCUAUCAUUAGAGAAACAAAUGGCUGCUGGUUUGGUGAAAGAAUCUUCAAUAUGAUAUUAGUAUGUAUACAAUAUUUCGAAGACUAUAUGGAAACCUGAGGUUCCAUUGUCGGUGGACAAUGUUUCUUAUUCUGCUGAGAUUAAAUGGAAAGUGAAGGAGUGGCCUUGGCAUCGUUCUCUUUGAGAUUGGCAAGCGAUGAGGUUAGUUAUUAAAACAAGUGGAGGCAGUCAGGUGAAAGAUGAGUGCGCUGUUUAUAUUCAACUUAAGCAGCUAUACAUGUGUACGCCACGAUUCUUGAAGCCUGUCAUGUGACCAUACAAACGCACAUGACGUUUGUAUAUCAUCCUAACCACUGUUCGUACGAAACAUCCACUUUGAUGGUAACCAGAGUUGUCGAGAAGAUACAUUAACGUGAUGUCUGUAGGAGAUUUACCCAUGUUGUGCCCAGAGUCUAGAAGUGAAACACCAAUACUGGUUGUGACUAAAAGGUUUGAAACAAAAAUCGACUAGAAGGAAGCAUCAAGCUCUUCAUGAGUUUUGAGGGGGAAAAAUUCAACAUUCAUUGCGUCAAGGUUUGAGUUAGAAAUACUAACAUUUCUUGUGACAAGAAGGUUUGAGGGAAAGCGUCAAAAUUCACUGUGACAAGAGGGUCUGUGUGAGAGAUCGUCUGUUUGCCGUUAUCUAAAGGCUUGAAGUUUUUCAACUUUUGGAUGCGUUAGUCCGUCAGUCAUUCUGUUUCUGUUUUCGGUGGCAAGGAAUGUGCUUCAUUAGUGUUAUUAUCUAUCGUCAGGGUUCUGAAGGAGUAUAUGGAUCAGCGCGACAGAGGUCGGAAUGUCUGUGCCACACACAGCACAGCUUCUUCUCCGGCA